AUGGCUUCUUUCAUUGGAAAACAUAUGAUUUUUCCUUCGAAUUGCGUUCCUAAAUCCAUGGCUGAUCUCAGGAAAUACGAGGGAUUUUUCCCAAACAUGAGUGGAGCAACUUAUGAUCCCAUUUCCCUUCUAAACGAGGAAAAGAAUCUUAGACGUGCACAGAGUGGUGGCUUUUCCUCGGACUCAACUCGUUCAUCCCGCGAUGAUGACAUCUUUUCGAACACUGCAUUUGCAUCUUCGAGGUACGCUAUAAAUCUUCAUGACAGGGAGUUUUUCCGAGUAGGCCUGACAAAAUCUUUCAUGUUUUCAAUAAGUCCAAUCAUGUGUGUAUCUUCACUGAAGUACCAAUUUGUCUUUUGGUGCUCACGGAAUUUCAUGUAAAUUGUUUCUAUCGUGUUUGUUUCUUCGUGAAGAAUAGAUCCUCAGAGAAUUUUUGCUGUCGUAUUUUCUACAGGGUAAAAAAUGCUGUGUAGAAAUUAGUAAAAGAAUCAAACCAGGUGGAAAUAGCUUUAUUUUUUCCAAAGUGAGACCUUUUCAUUUACAAAGAGGAAGGCUAACUUGGAAUCAUUGUGACUAUUUGCAUUUCAAAGGAUGAAGCUGCGAAACGAAGUAUUCCUUUCUUCUCUUGACAAUGAGUUGUAAUUGCUCGACAUCCAAGAAUUUUGAUCACAUGGGCAAGGUGAAAAUAGUUUGUUUUACGGUUGUUUGUUCAUUUUUCCGAAGAAAAAUUCCGGAAAACCGUGAACACGAUAUGUUUAUUUUGCUGUCAAUUUUGUAAACGUCUGUUGUCAAUCAGUUUGAUAGCAAUCUUUUAAUUUAUCCUAAACAAAAAAAAGUCUCUUCCACUUGUUUUGACAAAUCUUAUGAUAUCCUAUCAACUUCAUAGUUGACACAAAUGUACUUGUAUUGUACUUUUAGCAGCGGCGAUGACAGCACUGGAUCAAGUCAAACGUCUCAUGACGUAUUCAACGAGAGCGGCAAAACAGUGUUACUGAAGACCCCGCAAAAGACUUUGGCUAAGCGAGUGAGCCCAAGGAAACCUCUCAAACCAGUUAAAAGUGUGAAUCCUUGUGAUCCAGGCUUUAAAGGUGUCACCCUCCACAUGAAAACAACGCUGAAGAAAGGGAAGAACGGUUUGAAAACUCGAUCUGAAGCGCAGCUGGUGAUAGAUUGUUGCUUUACUUCUAAGAAGAGACGUCGCUGCUCAAAUCUGGAGCUCGAUAUGCGCGAGUGUAAGACAUCGAGAAGAAGGCUCAAUUCACCAGGGGUUAAUCCUUCGAUUUUCAAGCUUCAAAGCUCUCCCGAGUCAAUGUUUAGCGACAGAAGCCCGUCCGAUGUGGACUUGGGAACAGCGCCGAUCCAAGUGGAAAAGGAAUGCGCAUCCUGCGGGACUUUCAAAACUCCUUUGUGGCGUGAUGCGGAAGAUGGCACUCACUUGUGCAAUGCUUGUGGAAUUAGGUACAAGAAGUACAGGAUCCGUUGCGUUCGAUGCUGGUAUAUCCCCAAGAAGGAGGAGAAAGCAUUACCGUGUUGCACUAGUUGCGGUCAUACCUACAAAAUCACCUUGGGUCGCAAGGCUAACCCAUUUAGCAGCAGCGAGUAA